ACGGUGACCGCUCGCAGUCUUCUUCGGACUGUGCCUACGUGAACAUCGGGUCCCGCAUACUCGUUCUAGUUCCUCGCCUCACUUUCCAGAACUAACUCAGAAAAAUGGUCUGCGCUUGCGUGCUGGCUAUCGCUCUUGCCCUCUACGUCCUGUUCGAUGUCAACUAUUUCCUGAGAAUCGGUUUUACGAUUGGCAUGGGCAGGCUUUUCCACAAGAAGAGGAAGAUUUUCGAUACCACUACUAUCUAUGGUAUAUGCACCACGCAGGACGUAGAUCUAGUUUUUCGACACAUGAACAACGCUCGAUAUCUUCGCGAGCUCGAUUUCGCACGAUUCCACUAUUACGAUACGUCUGGGAUCUUUGCAGCAGUCUCUAAAAGAGGCGGAGGUGCGGUACAAGGUGCAUCGUCGACCCGGUACCGUCGAGCGAUUCCUAUUUUUAUGCCAUACAAGGUCACCACGAAGUUGAUCUAUUGGGAAGACAAACAUUUCUACUUGGAGCACCAGUUCAUCAGCGUGACGGAUAAUUUUGUCCGCGCGGUUGGUUUGAGUAAGCAGACAGUUACGGGUCUCGAUAUUCCCGUGUCUGAAAUUAUCGCCGAAGUCGAACCGGGAGCUCAACGACCUGAAAUAGAGAAGGAUCUGCAAUUAUGGAUAAGUUCCAUGGAGGAAUCCUCUCAGAAGUAUAGGAAACGGGACUGAGGGUUAACUACUUUUUAUAAUAGAGCAUAUUUAAUAUUUAUACAUGUACGUUCUUGUUAUGUUAAUCGUCGUAACAACUGUUGCACGUUUUUGUCCACACGCGUCAUUAGCGAUUCAUUUCAUUCAUAAAUUAAAAAACACUCACUGAAUUGGACGAUUGUUCAGAGUUUCUCAUGCUUUACAUAUUAUCGAUUAACAAUCGACUACUGGAGUGACUCGUCGGGACUUGGGUGUUUUUACCGAUAUUUACAGUACGAUAAUUCAUUGGAGUCUAUCGUUUAAUUUUAUACGAAAGAAAUAUUUACUUGGGUUACACAGAAUUUUGAUGUUAAUCAAACUAUAAAGUAUUCAUUUAAGAAGGUAAAUGGUUACAUUAUUACGAAAAUGUUUUAAAUUGUCUGUAACAUCCACAACGAUGGCCAUUUGGUAAUGAAAUUUUGAUUAAACGUUCAAGGAAGAA